AUACAAAUUUAUCGGAAACGUUCAGCUCGUUAGUAAAUUAAAAGAAAAUUUCGUUUAUUGUGCUCGUUUGUGCGGUUCGCGUUUACCUAUAUGAAUCGUUCAUUGGUUUAGUAUGCAUUGAUUUGUGGAGUAACCUUCUAGUCAGAGGCUAUCGCGAUGCGUCUGUUCAAACGUCAGUGUUCUGAUACCAGUCCGCAGCUAGUUUCGGCUACCCCGUUAUCACAGGAUGGAGGAGCUGGGCCUCUGGCAGCUUUCCAUGAAAAUUCCGAGCGUACCAAGAAGAAAGCUCAAAACGAGAACGACGGGUCGGAACGAACUUCCGCCAAAGAAAAUACCGGCGACUUACUGAAACCACCCUCCUCGCAAGCUUGUGUCUCGAAUCGUAAAGGAAUUUCAACAUGGGGAAGAAAAGUAGGCCGAAGAUGGGAUCAGCUGAAGAGAUCGGAUAGUUCGGAGUUGCUUUCGGUUUCGGGCCGAAGAAGACGGUGGAGCCCGAAUCGGAAAAGUUGUGGCAAUGCAACGGACAAGAAAGAAAACGGUACCAAUGGAUCGCCGGAACUACCAAAGCCAAAGAGAAUCUCUAGAGUCGAAUCCCUGCGAAACUUAUUCAGGAGCAGCGAACGGAAUAACAACUUUCUAGCCGGUGACGUGUCUGCUAGAAACGUGACGAUUCAAGAAGAGGAUGUCACCUGCAUCAGUCACUAUCCGAUGGAGAAGGCGUUGAGCGAUGGCGCGAUAAAGAACGCGCCCUUCCGGGUCAGCUCGGACGACAGUCGAUUGGAUCCACGUGGCGUUAAUCUUCAGGAGAAGAAGAAACAGCUCAGCCGCAGCAUACAUGAUCUCCAGGAGCAACAACGCGUUUUGGAUUAUAUUCUGACGAACCAGGACAUACUGAAAACGGAGAAAGGAUCAGCGUUCGCGAAGGAUACCUUGGACAAAGUCAGACGGAGCACCAGUCCGAAACGUCGAACCAGCCAAUCGACAUCGGAUGUGAACAAAAACAACGUCUCGACACAGACGAAAGAUUUCUUAAGCUCCCAACUGAAUAACAUCAAGAAGAACUUGUUUAACGCCCGAGCAAGUGGUAGCGAAUGCGACAGAACAGACGCACCGAGACCCUACACAACGACAGGUCUGGAGGACUUGAUGAGCAACUUGCGACUAGGUUGCGACGAAAGCGGCUACGAUUCCGACAGCACGCGAGCCGGAGCGGACUCUCCAGACAGCGGGAAGUCCGUGCCACCGAUGUUAAAGCCCCGUAGCUUCUCCAUAACAUCCGACGAUUACCACGGGAUCGAUUUGUCCUUACCAGCUUGCACACCCAAUAACAGGGACGUGGCGACAGGGACCGAAGGUACCGAAGUUGGACCGUCCUGUCUCGACGAGACUAUUGUUCUCGGGAAAAGCUUGCUGAACGAAUCCGUAAGGACAGACACAACAGCAUUGAUGUCCGAUGGAGAUGAAACGGACAGUUGCGACGAAGACACCUUCGCAGGAUUCGCCGAGUUCCACAUGAGCUGUCCUGCUCAGUACCCAAAACACGACAGCACCCUGCGAAAAUGUGACACUGGUCUGUCGAAAGCAUCCAGCACAGGGACUUCAAUGAAUAAUAAUUUUGUAGAACCUGGAACGUCCACCUGCGAAAGUAACGAACUCUCCAGGUUACCCGAGAAGCGAUCGUUCGCCAAAUCGGAAUCACUGUCUCUUUCGCAGGCGGUGAAGAUACAGAACCUACAGAAAGAGACAAGAUCUCAGAUACCCCUAAAGUCUCGGAAGCACACUAAUUCCAGCGCGUUGAAUCUACUAGAUAACGCCGCCUCCCCGUGCAAGGACAGUCCUCCAGCAUCAAAAAUCGUUUCGACGAUCGUCAACAGUCCCUUGCAAUACUACAGCCCAAAGAGGUCGCGAUCGAACAUGGAACCAGAAGACGUGGCGAACGCUAGGAAUAAAUUGAAGAAGCCUGCACUGGUUACGAAGAUCGAGCAACCAGCUGCGACUCAUAUGGCGACGCCAGCGAAGACUCUGAUCCGUCGAGAACUGAAGACGAUGAAGCUUUCCGUGGAGAACUCGGGUAGCCUAGGUAUCUCUGUGGAGAGGCGAGAGGCCGUCAGACCUUUCUACGUGAUCUCCAAGAUGGACGCGAACGGGGAAGCAGCGAAAUCGAAGCAAUUCCGGAUCGGGGACGAGAUUGUCCGAGUCUGUGGGCGAAGGUUGCGCGGAAUGUCGAUCGCGGAAGCUAGAAACGCGUUGAGGAGCUGUACAGGAACUGUGGAGCUGCAGAUCGCCAGGGAGCCGACUUUCACGUUUGGCGAGGAACUUGGCGACACCUGGGGCGAUAUUUUGGUCCGCACACGAAGCGACUCCGAGGUGUGGACGUUGAAGGAGGAGAAGACUGAGGCGGAGGUUUCUGUGUCUGUUGACACGGAAGCAAGACGAGAGGACCCGUCCAAGUGCAAGAUCGUCGGAGCGUUAACGAAGGACGGGAACAACGUGUCGGCGAGCGCGAUGGAGCGAAUGGAAAGUGACAGUGAGCUAAAAAGGGAAUCUGACCAGAAGAUGACUGGCAUGAGGAAGUUCCAGGUGGUCAGGAAACGCGGUACGAAUACGGUUUCCUGUUCGAGAAGGGCGACCAGCCUCUCGAUGGACCUGUUGACCAUUACGUUGGAGAAAGGCGCAGCGAAAAAAUUAGGAUUCUCGAUCGUCGGUGGAUCGGAUAGCAACAAAGGGUCUAUGGGUAUUUUUGUGAAGGACAUCAUGGCCGGGGGCCAAGCAGCCGAGGAUGGAACACUGAAAGUUGGUGAUGAGAUACUGGCGAUCAAUGGGAUGUCCAUGGACGGACUGACGCACGCGAAGGCUUUGCAGUCGUUCAAAGCCGCGAAGGCUGGGAAAAUGGUCCUCCACGUGGGACGACGGGAUCCAACGCACAAACAGUUGUGUUAUAGGCGAUAGUAUUUGGUGGUUAUAACAGUGGAUAUAUCAUUCAAUCAAAAUCCUAUGAUUGCCUGGACAAGCUGACGGAGGCCGGAGACGAAUGAAAAAAUUAAGAAGUAUCGGAUAAUCAUAUUUGCCAGUCACUAAAAAAUUGAACUAUCCUUAUUAUUAAUUUAACACGUGAAUCGAAUCUUUUGUCAAAGAUCUUAUUUUGUCACUGUCGCGAGGAGGAAAAUGUAUAUAUUUUCGUGUAUAAAUUCCGCGCACGUAAUUACGAUUCACAAACAUAAUUGAUUAUCAAUAAUUACCAACGUAGCAACAUCGAGCAUCACAUUCUUCAUUUCGUCGUA